UGGUCCAGAUGUCGUAUGUUCGCGGCGUUCGCCCUUUUGUGUGGGAGUGGACGGGCGAAGGAAAAGAGGGAGGCCUGGAGCCCGUAGGGAGGAAAAGGAGGGGCCUCUGGCUCGGAGCAGGAUGUCGGGGCGUUGGGAAAUUUCCCAACUGAACGAAGUUGCCUUUCUUCCUGAACGCUGAGCUGAAGAAUUUUAUCAUGGGCCAGCAACUUUCAAGCCAGACACACGCAGUUAUUAAUAAGCUACCAGAAAAAGUAGUCAAACAUGUAUCUCUCGUCCGAGAAAGUGGCUUCCUGACGUAUGAGGAGUUUUUGGGCAGAGUUGCUGAACUUAAUGAUGUAACUGCUAAAUUAGCUUCUGGUCAGGACAAGCAUCUGUUAUUUGAGGUACAGCCAGGCUCUGACUCUUCUGCGCUCUGGAAGGUGGCCGUUCGAGUUGUGUGUACCAAAAUAAACAAGACAAGUGGCAUGGUUGAAGCAUCAAGAAUCAUGAAUCUGUAUCAAUUCAUUCAGCUUUAUAAAGAUAUCACAAGUCAAGCAACGGGUGUUCUUUCUCAGAACACUGACUCAGAAGGAGCUGCAGAGGAUCUGUCAUCUGUUUCAUCUUGUCAGGCCAGCAUUUGGAUGGGAAGGGUGAAACAACUGACUGAUGAGGAAGAAUGUUGCAUCUGUAUGGAUGGACGUGCUGAUCUGAUCUUGCCAUGUGCUCACAGCUUUUGCCAGAAAUGCAUUGAUAAAUGGAGCGGUCGUCACAGAAAUUGCCCUAUAUGUCGACUGCAGGUGACAGCAGUAAAUGAUUCUUGGGUGGUAUCAGAUGCACCUACAGAAGAAGAUAUUGCUACCUACAUACUCAACAUGGUAGAUGAGGCAGGCCAGCCUCAUAGGCCAUGAUCCUAGUAAUGUCCAUAAUCAUGAAAUGUCCUUAAGAUUUCUCUUUCGUUGUUCUUUGUUUGGUCAUUGUAUUGAUUUAAAUAAGCUAAAUUCUUUAUAAAUGAACACUUGUGUAUGAGCCAGUUUACAUGCAUUUAUAUAUUUAAUGUCCAUUUUUCUGUGUUGCGAAGGAUACAUUAAGAAUUUACUGGUAUUUUAUUUUUUCCAUUGCUUUUCUGAGAUGGCUUGCGCUGAAAUUGCCCUUCAUUUUAGGAACUGUAACACUAAUCUGAAUAAUUACUUUAGGGCCUGUUGUUUAAUUUUUAUUUUUUCAGAUUUAUAUUCCGCCCUCCCAUGACGGGCUCAGGGCAGCUAACAUCCACACUAAGAAGUAAUCCUUUAUGCAAGUGUGUGUGGGCCUGCUUGCAUGAAUAGGAAUGACUAGAAUUGCAGUUUGAAACUUCAGUCACAUCUGUUUCCCCCUAGUGGUAAACUUUAACCACUUCUAGUGUUUACAUGUUGCUUAAAUCACUACUUGUUGCUGUGUUCUAGCAAAGGCUGUUCUGAUUAUUAGCUUUUCACAUAUUUCAAAAGAAAUAAACCUUCUAGUCAGCUCUAAAU